UUUCUGGCGCCCGAAUGGCUGGGUGAGAAAAAUUUAUAUCAACAAAUAACAAAGGAUACUAAAGACCCGCGGAUAUACAUCGUCGCCAUGAAUCCAUCCAAUCCGUUUGGCAGCCCCCAAAGUGGAGCUUUCCAAGCCCCUAGCAACGCCACGAAGACCGGUUUGUUCCCGUCGUUUGGACAACAAACUUCUGGCAUUCGGCCCCAAUCGGUGGGCUUUGUUCCGCCAUCAGCGUUUGGACAGCCGUCCGUCUUAAGUCAGCCCUCAAGUACCAUCUUUGGACAGCCGUCUACACAGCCCACCUCAAUGCCUGCAACAAGCCAGGCUCCAGCAUUUGGUCAGCCAUCAUUGGGAAUGAGUAGCACAGGCUUCGGUAGUAGCUCUGCACCAGCGUUUGGACAGACUGGUGAACCCGAUAAAGGUUCAGGAUUUGGCCAGACCCCUUCCUUUGCACAGCCGUCGGCGUUCGGGCAGCCUCCAGGUUUCAGCCAGCAAGCCUCUGGAUUUGUCAAACAGCCACCAGCGUUUGGCCAACAGCCCUCUGGGUUUGCAGCUUCCCAGAUGGCUCCUGUCCCCACCGCUGCUUUAGGGCAACCUCAGCCACUGAGUUUUGGACAGUCUGUGUUCGGACAGCCGUCAUCUACCAGCCUCCCCGCCAGCGUAUUCGGCACAGCUCCGAGUGUGACCCAGAGCAGCGGCUUCGGAUCAUCCAAUUACAGUUUCAAGCCAGCCAACGAGGCGGUGUUCAAGCCCAUCCUCAAUGUCAGUCCCGAGCCCGCUCACCCUCAAACUACUUCAAUGUCCAGCUCACCUUUUGGCAGCGGCGGGUCCCAGACGGCCUCCAGCAUCAUAAAUAGUAGUGGCACCACGGCGACUGGCUUCUCUGGGGCCACGUCUGGCCAGCUGGGCUUCAGCUUCUCGCAGCCGGGUGCAGCGCCCUCUAUCUCCGCUCAAACCAAUAAUACACUUGCAACGUCAGCUCCAGCCAACACGCUGCAGUUCACCUUCUCCCAGCCAGCAGCUCCCUCCAGCUCCAACACUAAGGGAUCUACCACCGAGCCCACCACGCCAUCCACGUUCAGCUUUGUAGCCAACGCCCACCAGCCCCAGGCAAAAAGCCCCUUUGGAGGAGCCAAUGUUGGCCUGCCUCCAGAAUUCAAAGCUAGAGCAGAGACUGGUACAGAGGAGAAAGGGAGAAGUGUAUUUGCACGACUUGGUAAAGGCACAAAGCGAAAGGAAGAUCCAAAGGUCCCCGGCGAGGUCCCAGAGAAGCCUGCCGCAGGAGGGGAGGAGGAGGAGGAGGAGGAGGAUGAGGAUGAUGUUCCAGCAGUAGCAGAUGCACCAAGACAUCCUUCAAAGAGGCCCCUGAUGAGGUCCCGCUGCCCACCACCAGGCUUAUUCGGGAGAGCAUUAAGUGGUCUUCGUCGAGAGGUCACAAAGGAGACUGAGCCGCAGGCAUCAACGUGGGAGGAGCCGGAGAGCGAAAAUGUUCACGAUCCGGGGGGCGACGUCGCUCCUACUCCACCCACAGUGCAACCGCUGACCAGGGAAGGGCUGGACAAGGCUGAACAGUCAGACUCGACGCCAGCUCCAGCCUCGAAUCCCGGCAUCGCAACCCCGGAGAGACGCAGGAAGAGCUCGGAGAGCCUGAGUGGCAUGUGUGCCGCCGACUGCACCGCCAUCCAGUGCAGGAACGUGCCUCCAUCCCUCAACAAGAAGGACGUGAUCGAGAAGCACUUUGAACGCUUCGGCAAAGUCAAUAAGGUCCUCUGUCGGCCGGCCAAGAACCUGGCCAUCGUGCACUUUCAUGACCAUGCAUCGGCGGCAAAGGCGAAAAAGAAAGGCAAACUUCUGCACCGACACGAGCUUUUCCUCUCGUGGCAGAAGAAGAAGCAGAGUCCAGACGAGAAAGGGAGCAGAUCGGCGGCAGAGAAGGAGGCGGAGGGAGGAAGUCAAGAGGACACAGAGUCCAAGUCUGUUUCCUCCCCACUCAGAAAACCUGCACUCAGCAGUCUGAUGGCCUUCAGCCGCAGUUCUCCGGUGAAGAAGUCGUCGAUCGCAAAGUCUCUGCAGUUUGACUCCGAGCCCCAGAGCUCGGAGCGCCCGGUGCCCUCCUCCCUCCUCCACCUCCUCGGCCUGACGGCGGAGACCGCCGAGGACAAGUUUCGCCUCCUGGAGCAGAGGGACAAGAUCCUGCGUCAAGGUCGGCCCAAGAGGACGGACCUGGACCUGUCCAAGGUGUUCGUGGGGACGUGUCCUGACAUGUGUCCAGAGAAGGAGCGGUACAUGAGGGAAACGAGGAAACAGCUGAGCGUCUUCGAGGUCCUCCCAGAUCCUGAGAUGGUGGAUCACUCGGCAGCCAUCAAGGAAUACAGUCGCUCAUCGGCGGACCAGGAAGAGCCCCUGCCCCAUGAGCUGCGCCCCCUGCCUGUGCUCAGCAUGACCAUGGACUACCUGGUGACUCAGAUCCUGGACCAGGGCCACGACAAAUACCGGGACUGGUACGACCUGGUCUGGAACCGGACCCGCGCCAUCCGCAAGGACAUCACCCAGCAGCACCUGUGCUGCCCUCACACGGUGUCGCUGAUCGAGAAGUGCACGCGCUUCCACGUGCACUGCGCCCACCACCUCUGCGAGGAGCGCCUGUCCACGUUCGACGCCAAGAUCAACAACGAGAACAUGACCAAGUGCCUCCAGAGCCUGAAGGAAAUGUACCAGGACCUGGCCAUGCGCCAGGUCUACUGCCCCCUGGAGGCGGAGUUUCGCCAGUACAGCGUGCUGCUGAAGCUCAACGACGGUGACAUCCUGCGUGAAGUUGAGCAAUGGCGCGAGGAGGUGCGUAACUCCCCCGAGGUGAUGUUGGCCGUGCAGGCCUUCACGGCGGUCAACAGCAACAACUUUGUGCGCUUCUUCAAGCUGGUCAAAGGAGCGUCCUACCUCGCCAGCUGCCUCCUGCACCGAUACUUCAAUCAGGUCCGAGCGAAAGCCUUGAGUAUCUUGAACAUAGCCCACACCGUGGGGCCGAGGUCCACGGCGUUCCCCGUGGACGACAUCGUCCGGAUGUUGAUGUUCCGCAGCGCCGAGGAGACGUCCGACUUCAUCCAGCAGUACGGCCUCAACGUGAACGACGGUGUGGUGGAGCUGAGUCGGAUCGCCCAUCAGGAGCCCGAUCUGCCUCUGGCCCAGAAGAAGUCCGAGGUCAUCCUCGCCAAGAAAACCGUGUUGAUUGGCGAGGUGGUGAAUGGAGGCGCCCUGCCCGUCCCUCUCCACCACACCCCCGUCUGCAGCUUCGACGCCCAGAACAGGUACCGCGGUGAGGGCCCUCUGGCCGAGUCCACGCCCAGCCAAUUUAAAGCUUUUGCUGCCAAGGUGGAAGUCACGGUCGAGCAGGUGGUGGCAGACAUGCCCGCUGGGUUCGGGUUGCCUCCCGCCGUUACCGGUGAGCCGGCGGAGUCCAGGGACCCGUUCGGCAGCCCGGAGGUCGCCCAUCAGCAGCAGCUGUUCCAGCCGAUACCUCAGCCGGUCCGACCGCCGUCGCCUCCACCCAAACCUCGGCCGGUGUACAGCAACGAGGACAUCAUGGCUGAACUAAACCGUGUGAUUGAGGAGGUGGUUGGAGCAGCGGUGAUGGAGGUCGCCGGCGCCGGCGCCAGCUAUGCCACGACGGCGCUUGCGUAAAGCAGUGUGCAGGUGGAGUCGCUGGUGACGGAGGUGUUGGGACAGAUGCUGCAAAAGAUGUCCUCAGCCGAGAUCGAGCUGGAGCAGGAGCGCGUCGCCGACGAGAAACGCAAGCUCGAAGAAGCCAGGAGGAGGCAGGAGCACGAGGACCUCCUGGUCCAGUUCAGCUUCUCUCUCCGCAGGGAGCUCAUCAACGAGGUUUUAGAUGAGACCAUCAAGGAGACCGCCACCUCUGAGAUCCAGCAGGCAGUGGAAGAGAAGUCAACGUGCGUCGCUAAAUGCACCGAGCAGGUCUGCACCAGUAUUGUUGAGGAGACUCUGAAUGCAGACGUCGCUCUGUUGGUUAAAGACCUUCUUGAAGCUGAGCUGCAGCGCAUCCUCAAGUAUAUCAAACGGUGGCGUGAUGUGGUCGCGGUGCGUCGGCAGCUGAAGAGGCAGAUGAGGGGUUUCCCCGCCGCCCCCUGCUGCGUGGACCCGCGAUUCAAACUGCAGGCUCUGGCUCCCAGCGCCCCCGCACGGCCCUCCAUGGCCGAUCUGGCCCGGGGUCUGGUCAACCUGGGGAACGCCGGCACCCUGGCCCUCUCCAGCACCAGAUCUUUGAAAAUGAGAGAAGAAGCAAUCCACCAGAUGAGAGUCCACUACUUCUAUCAGCGGCUGCUCGAAGAGAGAGUGUGGGAGCCACUCGACCUGCCGGCCCUGGUGACGGAGAACAUCUCCAACCCACCCGCCCGAAUAUUCUGGAAAGCUGUUCUCCUCCUACCGAGCGACCACGAGAGCGUCGCCAGCUUGGCCGACAGGAUCCUGUCCGACUGGCUGGAGGUGAAGCUCGGCGGCGGCGGCGGCGGGUCAGAGGCGAGGGAGGAGCAGCCAGACGGCGCGCUGCAGACCCUCUGUGUCACCGACACACUCCGGGAUGAAGGACAACGCACCCACAGAGUCCACGUCAGCAUCAAGGCGUCCCGAGGCCCCCUCACCGAAGACGGCCUGUCCAAAGCGGAGGAGUGCUGCGAGCUCCAGGGGACGGAGGCUCUGAUCGUGUUGCUUCCCGCCAUGCCCGCCACGGAGCAGCCGGGCCCCGACGAGCAGGACGUCCCUCUGCUGUCGGCGCUGCUUCAGCUCAAGCAGCUGCAGCAGGCCAGCGCCUGGCACUGCCCGCUGCCGCUCGCCAUUCUGGUGCCAGGACCAGAGUGCGGCGACACACAGAAACUAGAAGACGCCCUGAUGCUGCGCACACUGGUCCAGGAGGGCCUGAUAUCGGAGUACAUGUUCUUCUUCAUCCCAGAGACCACAAGCGACCUGCAGGGAUCCAAACGGCUGAGCCAGGCUACCCGUUGGCUGCUGGCCCGGGCUCCGCCGCCCUUCCCGCUCACCUGCCAGACCCUGGUGCAGCUCGUAGAAGCCGGUCUGGGUCGCGAGUUCAGCCCCAGGGUUCACGCUCACCGCCAGGACCGGGUCGAGGCGCGCCUCCCGCCCCAGGGCCCCGCGCCCGUCGUCCAGCUGUACAACGCCGUCGUGGCGCACAUCGCCGACGAAGCGGCGUCCCGGGAUCUCGGCAAACUCUCUUGGCCGCCGGGCGAGUUCUGCGUCCGUGGUAACCGCGACGUCGUCCCCCAUCUGGGCUGGAACUCUGCCGAGCACCUCGACUGGCUCCGCGAGGUCAUCCUCAACCUGCAGCUGCCGGCGUGGGAGCAGCCGUCUGCUACAGACUCGUGGUCUGCGCUCUGCUCCUCCAUCUUUCGCUACGCCGUCCAGAUCCCAGUCUCGCGGAGCAGUCAGCCCGUCCUCAUGUCGCGACUGGAAAACCUCCUGGACCGGGUCCGGGGCCACCGCCACAUCCGGACCCCCAAAUCCAAGGUCGCCAGGAGCCACUGGGACGACGAGCACACGCGUCCGGCCUUCAGUCGGAUUCCUUGGGACGACGUGCUGGUGAUCUGCAUCGACCACAAGCUGAAAGACUGGCAGGUCCCCGGACCCCCGGUCUGUGAAGACGCCGUGACGGACGAUGGGGAGAUCCUGGUUUACCUGCCCACACAGUCCUCAAAGGGUUUCCAGCCCCCGGAGGAAUGGACCCAGGCCCUCAGACAAACACACCGAGAGAGGCAGCGAGAGACGGAAGGUGCGGAUGCAGCGGCCUGUGCCUCGCCCAGCAGCCCGUCCCUCAGACAGAGGUUGUUCGACAGUGUGGUGGAGCCCGUCGAGGCCCCGACGGCCCCGCUGGACAUCACGCACACUCCCACAGCGCCAGAGCUCCUGGCCCACAAAUUCCUCAAGAGCUUGGAUGAGGAGAAGGCCGAAAGCAAAAGGUUCUCGGAGCAGCUUCAGCGCUGGCUGGACGGUGAAGCCUUGGACCACUUGUCCACUCCACUUUUCGUUCCAUCCUCAACUCUGUUGUCGAUGCCCACCACCCUAAUGCACGCACCCACAGCUGCCGUUACACGGCGUGAUCGGUCGGACAGAGCGGAGCGCCCUCAAACCACGCCCGUAUCCAUGGCGUGGCGCCUGAAGGAGCUCGAGCGACAGAUUUUGGCGAGUCACGAGGAAGGGUUGGCCUGCGCGCUGAAGCUGAGUAGUCUGCUGAGCAUCGUUGAUGAUUGAUGAACUUGUGAUGCACUGCCGCUCUGCAAAUAUAAAUAAUUAGUUUUUAAAUUAAGCUCCUGAUGGGAACGAGAGACUCGCAUUAAAUCCGCUGAGCUCAUGGCAGUCUACGGCAUACAGAGUUUACUAUUUUGCCUGUACAGUGUACAUCAUAUUGUUUUUUUUGCAUAAACCUUUUCGCUGUUUUAAAUCUCUGGCAAGGCUGCUCUUCUUCGUCUGUCUUUCCUGUGCAUUUAAGUACUUGGAUUAUAUUUGUAUAAACAAUUCACUGAACUGUG